UUUGAUGUUCCAACUUUGAACUAAAUAAGAGUAUUGAUAAGCCAUUUAAAAUGUUGACCAAGACUAGUUUUAAACAAUAAAGAAGACUUUUACACAGAUAAACCGAUGAUCCCUCAGGUUCACAGGUCACGUGAUCAUAUGUGACAUCUCUUAUUUUUGUACACAUUUCACGCAUAGCUAAAUAUUUUGAUGGGAAUACACCACAGAUCCAUAAAAUUUUAAUGAUGGACAGAUGACCAGUGCCAUAGGGUGACCAAGCAUGAUGGGAGCACCCUUCCUGAGAGGGGUAAGGACCACGCCUCCUCUUGGAUGCGUUGCAGGACUAGUGUUUUUAAUCUACCUCAGUUCACUUGUGACAGCAACAGGAAGAAUUGCAUUCUUGGACCAUUCUGCAAACUCAUCACUAGUGCUAUCACAGACUACAAUAAAUUUUAGCAUGAAAAAUUUUAGAAUUGCAUUUUCAUUUUUAACUUGUAAAGAAGGACAACUUUUAUACCAAAGAGGAAGCUCAGGAGAUUUUAUAAGAUUAUUUUUACAGAGCGACUCGUUUCAUAUUUCAUGGAAAAAGGAAUUAACAAAAGUGUCAUUAACUAUCGCAAAUCAUUUGGAUAAGAAUUCAUGGUAUUCUAUAGAUCUAUUUGAAAGAACCGGUGAUAUUAAUUUUAAGUUGGAUAAAAGUGGUGUUUCAAUUGAAGAUAUUAUAAUUGCAAACAAUACGCACAGGACAAGUAUUUUUCGACUGAAUUUAAGUGGAAACACAGGUCUUUCGAUCGGAGGAAAUGAUUUUACUGGCUGUGUGUGGCAGGGACCAUAUGUUUUAUUUUUAAAUAAUCCAAACAUUAUAGAAAACCAUGUGAUAUGGAAUGAUACAGUAUGUCCCUUCAGUUCUUCUGAUUGUACUGCUUCACAAGAUAUAAAUGAGUGUUGGAGUAACCCCUGUCAAAAUGGGGCUACCUGCAAUGACCUUCCUAACUCUUUCAACUGUACCUGUCCACAUUUGUUCAAUGGAACCAACUGUGAAAAUAACCUCAGUAUUUAUGGCUGUUCAGUAUCACCCUGUUUAAAUGAAGGAACUUGCCUCAACCAAAGCGAUGACAGCAGAAUUUAUAAAUGUAUAUGUAGAGAAGGUUUUAAUGGUAUUAAUUGUGAAAACAGUAUUAAUGAGUGUGCCUCAGGACCAUGUAAAAAUGGAAUAUGUAUAGAUGAAGUUAAUGAUUAUAGUUGUAAUUGUACAGGAACAGGUUAUACUGGACAGACAUGUGAGACAAAUGUAGAUGAAUGCCAGUCUGGAACAUCCAUUUGUGGUACUGGAACAUGUUUUGAUAAUCCAGGCUCCUUUACUUGCCAAUGCCCUACUGGGUUUGAAGGACACCAGUGCCAAAAAAAUAUAGAUGAAUGCAGCUCUUCCCCAUGUUUCAACGGUGCCACUUGUUUUGAUGGUAUAGCUAAUUACACAUGUGUUUGUGUCACUGGAUUCGAAGGCCCUGACUGUAAAAACAACACAGAUGAUUGUAAAAAUAUCAUAUGUCCAGGAAAUUAUACAGUGUGUGUAGAUGGUAUUAAUCAAUACAGUUGUGAAUGUAAACCAGGUUAUACCGGUGUACCAGGAAGCUGUACAGAUAUAGAUGAAUGCACAACAGACCCCUGUAGAAAUGGAGGAACUUGUCAAAACUUAGAAAAUGCUUAUAAUUGUGUUUGUCUUGCUGGUUAUACUGGACAGCAUUGUCAGAAUGAUAUCAAUGAAUGUGAUCCUAGCCCUUGUCAGAAUGGGGCAGAAUGUAAAGAUUUGGUGAACAACUAUGAGUGUGUUUGUUUAGCUGGAUUUACUGAUAAGAACUGUCAGACGAACAUAGAUGAAUGUGAAACCAACAAUCAGCCAUGUCAGAAUGGAGCCACUUGCCUUGAUUUGGUGAAUGACUUCAAUUGUACUUGUACAGCAGGAUGGACUGGACAGCUGUGUGACCAGGACAUUAAUGAAUGUAGUCCUCAACCCUGUCUAAAUGGUGCUACAUGUCAUAAUUAUCAAAAUUUUUACAACUGUACAUGUGUUGCUGGUUAUGAUGGUAAAAACUGUCAAAACAACAUUGAUGAUUGUGUGCCAGAUCCAUGCCAGAAUGGGGGAUCCUGUGUAGAUCUUGUCAAUGGAUAUCAAUGUAACUGUGGUGAAGCCUGGAUGGGUAAGAACUGCUCGGAUGAAUAUGAUGCAUGCUCAUUCACGCCAUGCAGGAAUGGUGCCACCUGCUCUACAAACAAAACAAUGAGACAAUAUAGCUGUGCAUGUGUUACCGGAUUUGAAGGCCUUGACUGUCAGACGAAUUUUAAUGAUUGCAAGUCUGACUCCUGCUCGCCACCAUUUGUAUGCUUUGACCUCGUCAAUAAUUAUACCUGUGCAUGUCCAACAGGAUACACUGGUGUAAACUGUUCAGAAGAAAUUAAGGAAUGUGACAGCAACCCUUGUAAGAAUGGUGCCACAUGUAUCGAUCAAAUAGGCAAUUACACAUGUCGAUGUCCUCAAACAUUUGUAAAUUUGACCAAGUUUGGUAAUGGAGAAAAACUAGAAUUUUUGACUGGAUACAAGGGAGAGAACUGUGAGAUUAAUAUUGACGAAUGUGCCCUGAGACCAUCCAUUUGUUUAAAUAAUGGAACUUGUAAAGAUGGAACUUCAAAUUCAGAAUAUUACUGUCAAUGUGGACCUGAUGCCAAUGGGAUAUAUACGACAGGAAAGAAUUGUGAGUUAAGAACAUCAUACUGUGAAUCAUCAGAUGAUGUAAAAAAUGAUCCACCUGCCUGCAAAAAUGGUGGUACAUGUGUAGUAGGGGACACAACUUAUUCUUGUAUCUGUCCUCCAGGAUUUACUGGGCCCAGAUGUAGAGUUAAUAUUGACGAGUGUGAAUCUAGUCCAUGUCAAUACAAUGGUACAUGUGUGGAUGGUAUUAAUGGGUACACCUGUACCUGUAUCCCGGGUAUAACUGGUCCAAACUGUGAGAUCGACAUAGAUGAAUGUGCUUCUACGCCAUGUGAGAACAAGGGUCAAUGUCAUGAUAAAAUAAAUGGAUAUGUGUGUAAUUGUACAGAUACAGGUUUUAAUGGAACAGAAUGCCAGUUUAACAUUGAUGAUUGUGCCAUCUUAGAUCCCUGCAAAAACAAUGCUUCAUGUACAGAUCUUAUUAAAGACUACAGGUGUAAUUGUUUCUCAGGAUAUACGGGUAAAAAUUGUGAGACUGACAUUGAUGAGUGCAUAUCAAACCCAUGUCAGUACAAUGGUACAUGUACACAGAGGUCCAUUCAAAACAAUCCAGGUUUUUCCUACUUUGACGCAGCUGGGUAUGAUUGUAGUUGUAUUCCUGGAAUAACAGGUGUUAAUUGUGAAAUCAACAUAGAUGAGUGUGUAAACAAUACAUGUCAGUUUGGUUCUACUUGUGUGGAUCAAAUUAAUGCCUACACCUGUUCAUGUGCUCCUGGUUACCGUGGAGACAGAUGCCAGACUGAAAUCGAUGAGUGUGUGGAGUUUCAACCUUGCCAGAAUGGUGCCAUAUGCAAAGAUCAAGUUGCAGAUUAUAACUGUAUAUGUCCAGAGUUUUAUAUGAGUAAACAGUAUGGUGGGAAAAAUUGUACGGUACAAUUGACCAGUUGUGUGAACAAUAAUUGUACAAAUGGUGCUACCUGUAAACCAUAUUUAGUGGAUGAAGCCACUAAUAAGCAGGCAUACACAUGUGCAUGUUUGAAUGGUUAUACAGGAGAUCUGUGUGAGAUUUCAACAACAAUGUCCUUUAAAAAUGAUUCUUUUAUCAAAAAUACACUGACAAAUUUGGUCAACAACACAAUAUCCAUCCGAUUCAGGACAACAUUGUCUAAAGGAUUAAUUUUUGCAUGGGAUGGAAAUUUUGUGACGUCUGCCCUAUUUUGUACAGUAGAACUAUUUAAUGGGAUGCUAUAUGUGACUUAUCCCGAAGGGGAAAGUAACAAUGCUGUAACUAAAAAUUACCAUUUUCCUCAUAUGGUCAAUGAUUCUCUCUGGCAUGAAGUCAAAAUAACUCAAACUGCAGAUAUGUUAUAUUUUGAAUUGAAAAGCAGCAAGUGUUUGUCAUAUUGCCGAAAAAAUGUGAGCUAUACGACCGAGGCUCCAAAAAAUAAUAUAUCUUUUGGGAAAUCUGCAAGUGCAUUUAAAACUAGUAAGACAGUGUCUAAAUCAAACUGGAUUGGUUGCAUGCAGGAUAUACAUAUAAAUGAUAAAGUUUUAACAAUGAGUUCUCCAUUACCUGAUGCAGUAAAUGUUGUCGCUGGUUGUGCGAGGACAAUUCAAUGUACAACAGAUUCUUGUAACAAAAGAGGAACAUGUAUAGACUUGUGGUAUAAACACGAAUGUGUUUGUGAAAGACCAUACCAUGGGACAGACUGUGAGAAAAAUUUUACAGCUGCUACCUUUGCCAAAGGGGAUAAAAGAAGUUGGACCAGCUUUGACAUAAACAGUUUAAAAGCCUCACUCCAGAGCAAUUUAGAUAUAUCGUUCUUUUUUCGUACCAGGGAAACACAAGGUCUUAUGAUGUUUUUAGGAGAUCAAGGGUCUACAUAUGUUACAUUAGAGUUGUACCAAGGAUACAUCUUAAGUCGAUUGGUAUUGUGCAGUUUUCGUCAAGCGUUCUAUAUUAAUGAGACUAUGUUUAAUAAUGGUGCUCAGCAUUUCACAAGAGUUAAAUUGAAGGACAAUAUGUUUACUCUGAAUAUCGACACAUUCUCCGUGAAUGACACUGUGUCAUUAGCCCAGUGUCCAUUUAAUGCAGAAUACUUGUACGUCGGUGGGGAAAUUCCCAAAAACUUUGCAGCUGGAAGAAGAAAAAGGACAGCGGAUUUCACAAUUAGUAUGGACGAUAUAUCUAGUUUAACAUCUGUUGGCAGAUACAAAGGAACAAUACAAGAUAUUGAAUUGAUCAAUCAGAAAUUACUGUUUUAUCCAGAAGUUGACAUACCAAGCAUUAAUGCUAUUAAUGUCUCCAGUCUUGAGGAAGGGGAAGUCACAGAUGAUAUCUGUAAUAGUUUUCCUUGUGAUAACAAUGGAACUUGUACCAAUGUAUUUUUCAAUGAUUUCCAUUGUGUUUGUCCCCAUGGAUUCAUUGGUAAAAACUGUAGUGAAUUGGAUUUCUGUAAAGAUCAUUCCUGUCCGGUUGGAGCAGAUUGUAACACUUUACCUGACGGCUUUGAAUGUAUUAGUACUGCCACAUUAACAGGAAACAAAGAUGCCCCUUCUAUCAUUUCCUAUGAAAAACAUAUAAAGUCUGAUUACAAGAUUCACGAAAUUUCUUUGAAAUUAAGAACUAUUGUUAGAAAUGGUCAUAUAUUGCUAAUCAAAAAUGAAAAUGGUCUGUAUAUUAGAAUUGAGCUUAUUGGAGCCAAUGUUGUGGUUACAUGCAAGUUAGAUAAUACAGAAGAACAGAAAGUCAUGGUGGAUUUACUAAUAAGUGAUAAAUCUUGGUAUAUGGUUUCCCUAACUGAAAAGGACAAAGACCUGACACUAACUGUCAAGGGAGACAAUCAAGAAGCUACAAAUACCACUGUGGUGUCAGCUAAUGCUAUUUCACUUCAGACCUUGAUUAAUUAUGGAACAUCUUCACCAUCUAUAGUGCUUGGAUUUACAGAUUUAUUUUCACCAUUGGCACACCACUAUUACAGUGGAUGUCUGAAAGAAGUCAGAAUUGGGGGUAUACUUUUACCAUUUUAUCAGCAAUCCUCUUUCACCAAUUUCACAACGGAGCAAUAUUUUUCGGUCAAGAACAAAGCAAAUCUUCAAGAUGGUUGUGAAGGUGGUACUGGUUGUAAGGACAAUCAAUGUAAACAUGGAACUGCCUGUGUGGCAGGUUACUAUGGUUACCAGUGUAAUUGUACAGGAAGUGGUUACUAUGGUGAUUGGUGUCAGACUAAUGUUGAUGAUUGUGAAGUAGGAAUAUGCUAUGACAAUUAUAAUCAAGGGAAAUGUGUUGACAAGAUCAAUGACUUCUAUUGUAAAUGUAGAGCUGGUUAUACAGGAACAAGUUGUUCGACUGAAGAAGCAGGAUGUGACCCAUCAUGCCAGAAUAAUGGUUCCUGUCAACAGAAUAAAUGUCAAUGUGGAACAUCAUUUGUAGGACAAUCUUGUGAAGUUUCGGCAACAGCAACAUGUUCAGAUAUACCAUGCAAAAGUAGUGGUCAGUGUCGUGAUUUAACAGGGUCAACACCAAGUUUUAACUGUACUUGUCCCAGUGGAUACAGUGGAUAUUUAUGUGAAAAGUCAAUAGAUUACUGUGAAGAUCUGCCUUGUGAAAAUGGUGGCAAUUGUACAUCAAUGAACAAUGAUUACCAGUGUGUUUGUCCACCAGGAUAUUCUGGUAAGAACUGUACAGUGGACACUGAUAACUGCAUUCCAGGCACCUGUCAGAAUGGUGGUACAUGUAUAGAUAUGGUAAAUGACUACAUAUGUAACUGCACGGAUAGCUGGCAAGGAAAACAUUGUCAGGAUGAUGUUGAUGAAUGUGAAUCACAACCUUGCCAGAGAGGAAAAUGUAAAAAUAUACCAGGAUCAUUUACCUGUGACUGCUAUGAAACAGGAUACACAGACAAGUAUUGUAAUGUGGACCUGAAUGAAUGUGAAUUAUCACCAUGUCAAAACGCUGGAAAAUGUACAAACUAUGAAGGAGAUUACAAUUGUUCAUGUACCCUGGGGUACGAGGGUAAAAACUGCAGUAACCCUAACUGUGCACUUGUUACUUGUGAAAAUGGAGGAAGCUGUGGAAUAGCUAACAACCAAUGGAAAUGUUCAUGUCAGCAGUAUUAUUUUGGUCAGUUGUGUGAAUCUAAAGGAAAGUGUGCUGACAAUCCAUGCAAUCAAAAUAAUACAGCAUACUGCUAUCAGGAAGACAAAGAAAACGGAUUUUACAACUGUACUUGUAACAGGGGAUGGCAAGGUACCCAUUGUGAUGUUGACAUAGAUGAAUGUCUCCAAGGAAUCUGUCAACAUUCCAGUACCUGUUCUAACUCACUUGGUGAUUACUAUUGUGCUUGCACACCUGGUUAUAUUGACAAGAAUUGUUCCACGGAUAUAAACGAAUGUAACUCUCAACCAUGUAAAAAUGGUGGAAACUGCAGUGAUCAAGUCAAUGAUUUUUACUGUGAUUGUAACAAUACAGGUUACAUUAAUAAAACGUGUGAAGAUGAUAUAGAUGAAUGUGCCUCAGAAACCUGUGUCAAUUCUGUCAGAUGUGAUAAUUCUCCUGGUGACUUCUCCUGUACUUGUAUUCCUGGAUAUGAAGGGAAAAGAUGUUCUAUAAAGGAUCCCUUUUACCAAAGAAUAAAUAAUGAAAAUGACAUUAUGUGGUAUAUCAUUGGACCAGUUGUAGCUGUUAUACUGAUUGCUAUUGUUGUUGUGAUAGUUGUGUUUGUGUUAUGUGCUCGCAGUAAAAGAGCAACAAGAGGAACAUAUAGUCCCAGUAGACAAGAAGUUACAGGGUCCAGAGUAGAACUGGGUCAAGUACUUAAACCACCACCAGAAGAAAGGCUUAUAUGAAGCUUGAAUGCAAUAGACUUCAAUUAUGAGAUUAUAUCCCACAGUAAUGUGUUGGAUUCAGAAAAUUUAAAAUCAAAUGACAUUCCAAAGACUGUGAAUAUGUAUACCAUAAUGUUGGAAAGUAUUAAAUGUGUUCGUAUGACAGUGUGAAGUUUCAGUCGGAUGAAAUUAUUAAGAAAUGUCAAGAAUGAGGGACAAUUAUAACUGUUUUUCAAGAAGGAAUGGGGCAUGACCAGGUAUUCAUAGUCAGUUCUGAUUCAGAAUGGUUACAAUAUAUAAACUGACCAAUCACAAUGAGAUGUGAAAGAGAAUGUGCCAUUCAUGUGCCAUUCAAAAACAUUUUGAAUUAUUUACUAUGCAACCAUAUUGAUUGAUUCAAGUUAUGUUGAUUAAAAGCAGUAUUGAAAUAAGCUACAGCAAAAAAAAAGUAAAAUAUAAUAUUUGGACUCAGUUAUUUACAGGAACUCUUGGUAGCCACUAUGUUGAUAAAAAAGUUUUUACAGCAAUACUGUCUCAAACCAUAUUUCAUUUGAUGAAUUGCACAAAUUUGAAACAAAAUUUUAUAAUUCAAUACGAAAGGGACUCUUCCUGAUGGAAAAUUUAAGAAAGUUUGGAAUAUUCGAAAGAACAAAAACAGUUAUAUUAUAAGGUUUAAUUUAAAUGAACUAUUUGUAAAGAACUUUUUCCCAGUUAAUGCAAUACAUAUCAGUUUAGGUUGUAAAUUAAAUUUAUUAUAUUUUUUUUUUUUUACAGUUUUAUGUAUAUUUAGUCACACAAAUAACAUAUCAAUAGGUGUUAUUGCCUCCUUUAAAUAAUAAGUAAAUGAGUGGGUAAAGAUUGUAUAAAAUGUAUUUAUUGCCUUCAUUUACCAAAGUGCUAGUCAAGUCACAGCCAUUUUAUAUUGCCAAAAAGGGAAGAUAUAAAUCAAAUUUUAAGUUUCAUCUUAAUUGAAUACACAAAAGUGUUUCACCUGACCAGGCAUGGCCAAUACAUCUGUUACCAUCUAUGAAUAGCUUGGUAAAGUGCAACCUUGUUUUUAUCGUUCCUUUUUAGAUAUAUUUUGGCGAUUAAGAUUGGUGAACAGAGAAAUUAUUUUAUAUAAGAAUUAUAUGACGACUGGAUUUUUUUUUUCUUUGGCUAUCAUGUUUUUUCAAUAUAUAAUGUCAGCAUGUAUGUAAAUUAGAAGGUUAACACUGAUCGGUUAAUUGCCAUUGAUUUAUUGGAGUAAUGCCAUAUAUGUGAAUGUAUAAAACAUCAAUCCUAUAAGAAAACAUUUUGGUUCAUAUAAAGAAAAUAUUGCCUUUAUAAUGUCAUUCCUUUUUGGCAAUUCAAGUUUAUGCAUUUUUCUUCAUUAUUGCUUUAGUUCAAAAUUGAAAUACAUUUUUGAAUACAACACAAAAUACUCAUUGACACUUUCAUAAUAAGAUACAAUUCCAAUCAUUUAAAACAUUUCUAUGAUCACCAAUUGUUUGAAUUUCAAUAAAAAAAGCAAUAUAUUUAAAAUGGUUAAUAUAUGUAGUUCAUCUUGAUUGACAACAUAUGAUGAACUCACUGCUGUAGGCUCCUGUGAAUGGUUUGUUGUCAUAUCAUAUAAAUUAAAAAAGAUUACUAUUAUUUUCAUGGGUACAAAUUUUUGUGGAUGAAGGCAAACUUGCAUGUUCAUGGAUAUUUAAUUUUGUGGUUUUGCCGAAGUCUGAAUACAAGCCUUAAGAAAAUUUGUCAUUCGUUGAAUAUUUAAUUUUGUGGUGCACAUGUUCCCACGAAAUCCACGAAAAUUGGUAUCCAACGAAGAAUAAUGAAUCCACAGUAUCACUUAAUCUAUUAUUGUAAUGUAAAAGGAACUAAAGAUCUAUGCUGUGCUUUUGGGGAAAAGAUUGUUCUAUUAAUUUACUGAUUUUUUUAUUGUCAAACUAGAACUUUUUUGUGCAAACAUUUUGUUUAUUGUCAUCUUUUAUUUAUCAUAGAAUGAUAUCUAAACACAAUUUUCCUAUUAAACCCUCAAUGUUGAAGCUGAGACUAAUACAUAAGAGAAAUAUUUUAUCUCCAUGCAAAAUUAAUAAUGCUAUUAGCUCAAAUUACAAAGAUGAGGCAAUUGUUGUUACAAUAAUAUUCUCUGUAAACUCUUCAGUUUUCAUAACAUAAUCAAGGUUAAAGUAAUAUAUCACAACAUAUCACAGAUUAAUUAUUUGACUGAUCCUUUAAUAAAUAUUUAUGUUGUCUGUUUAAGGCUUUGCUAUGUUAACAAAGAUGGACCUUUUCCCUUUUUUAGUGUAUUUCUUCUAUUGUUAAUCAGAAUUUGUCCAUUAUGAAAGAGUAAUUUGGUUCCAGUACAGCCAUUUUCACUUUAUUUCUAAAUGAGCAAAAUCAUUUCUGUUUUAAGGAUUAGUGGUACAAUGCUUACAUUUGUCAUCUAACUACUAAAUGGAACUUUUUUCAGAUGAACUCAUAUAAACUGCAUUCAAAAAUGCUUUAGACAUUGGGAAUUCUAUAUUGUGAAUAUUUAUUUGUCUUAUAAACUUUUUUCCAAUUUAUAUUUAUGUUAUGUUUUGUAGAAUUGGUCAUAAUAAUUGACCAUUUCCAUUCCUCAUCAAAAGGUUGUGCAUUGUAAAUAGAUUUUUAUACACUUGUAUGAUACUUAUAUACAUUUGUACAUAAUUUACAUAUCAAACACAUAUCAUGUAGAAUAUUCCAUCCAUGUAAUCUUUUGUUUUAAUUCUUUGUAAUAAUUUGUGUUAUAAAUUAUAUUUUGAUUUUGAUGUAUGAAAACAUUGUAUUAAUUAUCACUGGAAAUAAUUUGAUUUGAGGAUAAUAUGAUAAUUUCACGAACAUGCCUUAUAAUAUAUGAAUAAUUCCAUUGGGGAUUCAUUGCUUGGAAACAUUUCAAAAAUUGCAAUUUUUUGGGGAGAAAAUUGAGUAUUCUUCUGGCACACGAUGGGCAUAUGUUGCCCUAGUGGAGAAGCUGUUUAUUAACUUGUCGGUGCCACCUGAGAUUGACCAUUUCACCCACUUCACCUUUUUGUAGGCAUUUUCAUUUUUUCUUUAGCAAUAAAAUGUGCCCCUUUUUAAAAAAUUCCUACCUAAAUAUGAAAUAGAAUAGAUUGCUGAUUGUAUGACAGUGUUUCAGAAUUCAAUUAGUGCAUUCACAGACUAUGUUUAAAUAAUUAAAUGUUAUUUCUGACCCCCAUCCCUACAAAAAUGUGUUAUCUUAAAUGCAUUAUGAAUUUAAAGCUUUAGUUAAAAGUGGACAAUCUUGACUUGGUUUUUAGUAUGUAUUUCAAAAGAUUUCCAUAUUUGAAGACAAACAAAUAUAUAUAUAGUACAAUGGCUUAAGAGGUUUGAAGCCAAUGAGAUUUGAAAGGGAGACAUUCAUUAUUAAAAAGACAUUAAAAUAUUAAAUAGGCUCCAGGUUUAUUUAUUCAGACAAAGGUUUAUAUUAACACAGGAAAAUGCUUGUAUAGACUGAAUUCAUUUUCAAUAAAUAUUUUUUUAAACAAGUUUCUUUGUAUCAAGAUUUAAGGAAUGAUGCAGAUGGUUUCAAGAAAUUUUAAUAUAGGUUUUAUAUAUUUCUUAUAAUUUAUAGAAAUAAGUAUAUUUUUCUACGCAGUUCAUAAUCUGUAGUACUUUUAUUCGUGAUUCAUUAUCAUACAUUAUACAGAGGUGCAGGAGAAAAUAUUGAAUAAGAAUGCAGAUUAAUGUAGGAUAAAUUCAUAUUCAUUAUUUGAAAUGUUUUAAAAGGAACUGACGUCAAUCAACUUUUGUGUCUGCUAACUUGAAAUGAAUUGAAACACCUUAUCACACAUCAUCUCUGAAUAUCAAAGUUUGCUGGACAAACAUUGAUAGUGUAAUUAUAGAUAGGUUUCGAAUGAUGUAAUUUUAGAUUGAGUUAUUUUCCUUUGCCACCAUUUUGGAGGGAUAAACUGUUGAUUUUCUUAUACGACUAACGAAAUUGAAACAUAUGAUACACACGUCUGAUAAGAGAUCCUUACUAGAUCAUAGUAAUGAAUUAAGCAAGAAUAAAAGAAAUAAAAUUGUUAAGAAAAACCUUUUGUCUAAAGUCUUAGCCACCAAUAGAAUUCGGCUGAUUUUUGAAGGAAUUUGCACACUAUGACCUCCAGCAUGGCAUUAAAAGGGAAGUAACUCUUGCUCAAAUUGUGUCAAUUGAAACCUUUCUAUAAUAAUCUGCUGUAAUUUCUUCUAGCUUUAUAAAGAUGACAGCAAGAGUUCGAAUAUACACUCAUUCUUGAUUCAUUUGUUGAACAUACAAAUAUUGUAUUUAAUGGUGGUAAUCAUGGAAUUUGUAUCAAGAUAUAAUUUUAUAUGUUCUAUUUCAUAGCAUUUCAACAUUAUUGUCAUUAUAUUCCAUGAAAUAAAUUUUAAAGUGUUUUAUUUUUUGAAAUAAAUAUGCAAUAUUUAAUCCAUACAUCAUUAUUAUUCAUGUAUCAUGUAUACAGAAAAUUGUUAUUUUUUGUACUGCUAACUAAUGACCUAGUCAUUGAAAAAUAAAGAAAAUCAGACUAAA